AUGAACCCGGCGGGCAUUCCCACGCUGCACCACUGUGACCUGUGCGAAUUCACCUCGUUCGAUCGCCUGGAAGUGAAGCAGCACGUCACCUCGCACCACUUCGAGAAGCGCCCCUUCAAGUGCAAGGUGUGCCAGGCGGCCUUCAUGAAGAAAUCUCACCUCCGGUCGCACGUGCAGAUCCACACGGGCGAGAAGCCGUUCACGUGCAACCUGUGUCCGGCUGCGUUCCGGCAGAAGAGCGUGCUCGACUCCCACAUGCACACCCACACCGGGGAAAGGCCGUACAAGUGCGACCUGUGCUCCGCCGCGUUUUCCCAGAGGACGACGCUGGUCACGCACUGGCGCUCCCACACGGGGGAGAAGCCGUUCAAGUGCGAGUUUUGCGACAAGAGCUACAGGACGCAGUCACAGCGUGCGCGUCAUCGUAGGGUGCACACCGAUACGGUGUGA